CGGAGCCGGGGCAGACAUGGCGGGGCAGAUGGCUGUGCUGGGCUCUGCUGUGCUGGCCCUGCUCUUAGCCAGCUACCUGGCCCAGCAGUACCUGCCCAUGCCCACCCCCAGAGUGAUCGGGAUCGACCUCGGCACCACCUACUGCUCCGUCGGCGUCUUCCUGCCCGGCAGCGGGGACGUGAAGGUCAUUGUGGAUGAGAGUGGGCACAGCAGCAUCCCCAGCGUGGUCUCCUUCACGGACACAGGGGUGCAUGUGGGCUAUGAGGGCCUGGAGCUGGCUGAUGCCAAUCCUCAGAACACCAUAUAUGAUGCCAAGAGAUUCAUUGGGAAAGUCUUCACUUCAGAAGAGCUGCAGAGUGAAAGCAGCAGGUAUCCCUUUAAGGUUGUCAACAACAAUGGAUUAGCUGAAUUUUCUGUGACAACUAAUGAGACCUUUCACAUCACUCCAGAGCGCAUUGGCUCUAAGCUGCUGCUGAAACUGAAGAAAAUGGCAGAAGCCAACCUUGGCAUGUCCAUUUCCAAGGCAGUCAUCUCCGUGCCAGCAGAGUUUGAUGAAAGGCAGCGGAAUUCUACCAUUAAGGCAGCUAACCUUGCAGGGCUCAGCGUUCUGCGAGUAAUCAAUGAGCCCACAGCUGCUGCUAUGGCUUAUGGUCUCCACAAAGCUGAUGUGUUUAAUGUUCUGGUGGUGGAUUUGGGUGGAGGAACUUUGGAUGUGUCUCUGUUGAACAAGAUGGGAGGGAUGUUCAUCACUCGAGCCAUGGCAGGUAACAACAAACUUGGAGGACAGGACUUCAAUCAGAGGUUGAUGGUGUAUUUGUAUGAUCAGCUCCGUCAAAUGUACGGUUCUCUGCCAACACAAAAAGAGGAGAUUCACCGCCUCAGACAGGCUGUGGAAGCUGUUAAAUUAAACCUGACUGUCCAUGAGACAGCUACACUGAGGGUGCUGUUGACUCUGCCAGCAAACAAGCUUACAAGAGAACUUGCAAAAAGCCAGGUAAAAACAAACAGUGCACUAAAAGACGAGGCCUCACAGAACAAAAAGGAAAUGAAAAAUCUUGGAGAUGAUUCCAAAGUAGAGGACAACUUUGUCGAAGUUGUGUUUGAAACAGAAAUCUCUCGGGAGCUGUUUGAGAUGUUAAAUGAGGACCUUUUUGAGAAGAUUCUUGUGCCCAUUGAACAAGUGUUGCAGGAAGGGCACCUGCACAAAGCAGAAGUAGAUGAAAUUGUGUUAGUCGGAGGCUCCACACGGAUUCCCAAAAUACGUGAAGUUAUUCGGGACUUCUUUGGAAAGGAGCCCAACACCUCCGUGGAUCCCGACCUGGCAGUUGUGACGGGCGUAGCCAUCCAGGCAGGAAUUCUUGCUGGGUCCUGGCCUCUCCAAGUCAGUGCCAUAGAAAUCCCUAACAAGCAUUUACGGAAGACUAAUUUUAACUGAAAAGAAACUCUUCUCAAUUGCAUUCCAGCUCUCCAAAAGGAUCCAUACUUACCUGACUGGCAAUUGAGCCUAAUCUUAGCUACAUUCUAUUCAAUUUUCACCUGUUCCCAUUAGGUGUUACUGGACACCUACCUUUGCUAAAGCUUGAUGUUACUUUAAAGGUACAAACGUGUUCUGAAGUGUGCUGUGUUUACUUGGAGAUGGGAUAUUGAAUGAAAAGGCCAGUGAUGACACACCCGUAUUCUCUUGCUAAAUUUUAUUAGCAAAUCCUGGAGCAGUGUGUAUUUAAAGUGUAAAGGGAGUUUGACCAAAGGUUUGAGGUGAUGUGGUGCUGAGGUGUUCCUGGGUCCAGUGUAUUAGCUUGGAAGGACUGUGAAGCAGCGUUAAUGCGCAGAGUGCUGGCAGUGUUCAGCUUACACUUAUUGGUUAGAUUGAGCCAUUCAAACAUUUAAGCACCUUUCCUAAAGGCAUCUUGCAGCUUAAAUGAGACUGAGGCAUUCACUUGAUUCUUCUGCUGUUCAUAACAGCAUAAUGGUAUUGCUGAGGCUCCGUGGCAAAUUGUCCCAUUAUUAGGAAACCUUAUUGAAAAUGUAGCUCUUGCCAGUGCAGUUUCUUGGUCUCCAAGGGCUUCAUUCCUGACCUGGCUGUGAUGGUUAAACACAGGUGCUGCUGUUUUACCACUGAUGUUCUCCACAGAGAACGAGGGUAUGUUGCCAAGUAUUCAUACCUGCCCCUGCCUUAUUUUAAAUCUACGCUGAUUUUAUGUAUCUUGAAGCUACACCUGCCUGUCUUCCCUUGAAUUUGACCAACAUGAAUCUCAGCGUUCUGCAUAUACAAGUGUGUGACAUCUCCCUGAAGUAUCCCAAGCCAUACUGUGCUUGGGGAGAAAGUGUGGGACAGAAGGGAAGGCCUGGAUGAAAUGUUGUUCCUGUAGCCCUAGAAAAUGAAAAUUGACCCAACUACUUUGUGCUUUUUAGCUCUUAUGUGGUUUAGGUUUUGUCAUAUCCCCACCCUAAACUGAACAGAGGUUAUAUCUGUCCUAUUGGGAAAGAAGCAGUGUUGUGUGUAACUCAGGGUUUGAGGUGGCACUUCUUAGGACUCUUUUAGGCAAAUAGGUAGCUAUCCAGAUAUCUUGAAAAUGUGUGAGGAGAACAAAGUUACUGAUCUGAAA